GGAGCGGGAGGGGGCCCAGGUCCGACAGAUGAGCGCGGAGGCUCCCGUCCCGUCAUCUCCCGGCACCACUGCGGCCGGAGAGACCGGGGAGGUUGGAAAGGCGGCCAGGGCGAUGGGCCUGCCCAUCUCAAAAAAUUAGUGCAGAGAAAACCUGAUGCCACCUCUCUGGGGCAUCCCGGGCCUAUUACUUUCCCAGCUGCGUUGUGGGUUGACGUCUCCAGCCUCCGCACCAACCAGGAUUUGCCCAACAAUGGCUCGUCCAAGUUCAAGUAUGGCCGACUUUCGGAAGCAUUUUGCAAAAGCCAAGCACAUAGUCGUCAUUUCGGGGGCUGGCGUUAGUGCCGAGAGUGGGGUUCCGACCUUCAGAGGAGCAGGAGGUUAUUGGAGAAAAUGGCAAGCUCAGGACCUGGCCACCCCUCAGGCCUUUGCCCGAAACCCGUCCCGGGUGUGGGAGUUCUACCACCACCGGCGGGAGGUGGUGCAGGGCAGGGCGCCCAACGCCGGGCACCUGGCCAUCGCCCAGUGUGAGGCCCGGCUGCACGGGCAGGGCCGCCGGCUCGUGGUCAUCACCCAGAACAUCGACGAGCUGCACCGCAAGGCUGGCACCAAGAACCUUCUGGAAAUCCAUGGUAGUCUAUUUAAAACCCGAUGUACCUCUUGCGGAGCUGUAGCUGAGAAUUACAAGAGUCCGAUUUGUCCAGCUUUAUCAGGAAAAGGUGCUCCAGAACCUGAGACUCAAGAUGCCAGAAUCCCAGUUGAGAAACUCCCUCGGUGUGAAGAGGCGGGAUGCGGGGGCCUGCUGCGACCUCACGUCGUGUGGUUUGGAGAGAACCUGGACCCUGCCAUCCUGGAGGAGGUUGACAGAGAGCUGGCCCUCUGUGACUUGUGUCUAGUGGUGGGAACGUCCUCGGUGGUCUACCCCGCGGCCCUCUUCGCCCCACAGGUGUCCGCCCGGGGAGUGCCGGUGGCCGAAUUUAACGUGGAAGCGACCCCCGCCACCAACAGAUUCAGGUUUCACUUCCAGGGGCCGUGUGGGACGACUCUUCCUGAAGCCCUAGCUCCUCAUGAAACUGAACCUGUCUCUUAGUCGUCCUGGGGAAGGAAGAUCACAGCACAGCGAAGUACCAGGCCACCUACGGGAGGAACUGCCUUGCCGUUGGUGAGCUGGAGGUUGGAAGGUCUGGCAAUAUCUUGUGAUUCUCCGGUUGGAAUCCUCACUGCUGCCAAGUGACAGGGACGUAGAAGCAGGGGGAGUAAAGAUGUUCCGAAGUCAUAGAACUUCUGAAGUCAAUUCAUGGGAUUUGGUUUGAACCGAAACACAAGGUGCCUCUGACACAUUUGGAUGGUGACGGGGAGGGACACAAGUUUGUGAGGGAAUGAUCUAAAAGACGUAAUUUUCCAGAUUGUAUUUCUGCUCUUUGGGCAAGGCUAGAAGUAGAGGGCUAAACCCCUGGUGUUUGUGACUUUUGCACAAGGUUUGGUGAAAAAUAAAAGCACUCUCUACAGCA